CCCCGCCCCGCCCCGCCGGGCCGCGGCGAGCGCCGCCCCUCACCGGCACCGGGAGCCCCGCCCCCCGCGGAGCCCCGCCCCCACGGGCCUGGAACCGCCCCCAUCCCGGAGCCCCGCCCCCCGCCGCCACAGGGAGGCCCCGCCCCCAAGGCGCGGAGCCAUGUCGGACUCGGUGCUGCUGCUGCGGCGGGUGCGGGAGCGGAGCAGCGAGGCGGCGGCGGCAGCGGCGGGGGCGCGGCGGAAGCGAGGCCGCCGCCGGCGCUUCUACCCGGAGCACCGGGUGUACCGGGCGCGCAGCUCCUUCCUGGACCUCAGCGAGGAGCAGGUGCUGCGGCGCUACCGCCUCGACAAGGCCGCCAUCGCCGGGCUCUGCAGCGAGCUGGGCUCCGACCUGGAGAGCCUCACGGGCCGCAGCCACGCGCUGCCCGUGGCCGUCAAAGUCACCUCCGCCCUCACCUUCCUGGCCUCCGGCUCCUUCCAGACGGCCACGCGGGACACCACCGGCAUCAGCCAGUCGGCCAUGUCCAACUGCCUGGCGCAGUUCCUGGAGGCCCUGCAGCGGCGGGCGGCGCGCUACAUCGCCUUCCCCGCGCCAGGCCGGGCGCCAGGGCUGCCGGCCGGGCCCUUCCCCGGCGUGCUGGGGCUGCUGGGCAGCAUGCACGUGGCGCUGCGGGCCCCCUCUGAGAACGAGCUCGCCUACCGCAACGCCCGCAACUACCACUCCAUGAACAUGCAGGUGGUGUGCGACGCCCGCGGCACCAUCACCAACGUAGUGGCCAAGUACCCCGGCUCCUGCCCCAACGCCGCCGUGCUGGAGAACUCGGCCCUGGCCCGGCUGCUCGACGGCGCCCGGCUCGACGGCGCCUGGCUGCUGGGAGACCGGAGCUACCCGCUGAAAACGUGGCUGAUGACCCCCAUCUUGUUCCCGUGCAGCCCGGCGGAGGAGCGCUACAACGCCCUGCACCACGAGGCGCUGGCGGCGCUGCGCCAGACCUGCGCCCUGCUCAAGAUGCGCUUCCGCUGCCUGGACAAGGCCAGCGGCUCGCUGCAGUACACCCCGCAGAAGGUCUGCCAGAUCUUCCUGGCCUGCUGCAUCCUGCACAACAUCGCCCUCAGCCGCCGCAUGCCCCUGGAGCUGCCCGACGGCGCCGAGCCGCCCGACGGCGCCGAGGCUGAGCCCGACCUGCCCGUACAGACUCCCUACGUCCAGAUCUCCAGCGAGGCCCGGGCCGUGCGGGCGCGGAUCGUGCAGCAGGCUAGUGACUGAGGGACAGGAAGGCAGGCAGCACUCGGCGCAUCCCCUCAGCCGCUGGGGAGAGGAGCCCCAGGGCAGCGGGGCGCCCCGAG